CUGUCAAUACAGCGUUUCUGGAAACUCUUCUUGCGGAUUAAAAUCACAAUCGAAUUGGUUGAACAACCAUCUCUGAACUUGGUCAUCACCAAAACUACUACAGCCAAAAUGAAAGUUGUUGGACCUACCUGCGCCCUGAAGAGCAAGGUUGGCGGCGAGGACGUUGUACGUUGCUUGUCCGACCAGAGCCUCACCAUAUGCAAGAUCCCGCUGUUGGACGAACAGAUGUCCGCUUUUCUGCAAGACAUGAACAACUGUUACAACAAGCUGAAGGAACUCGUACCGACGCUGCCUCCUAACAAGAAGGCCAGCAAGGUGGAGAUCCUACAGCACGUCAUUGACUAUAUCUGGGACCUGCAGAUCGAGCUGGACGAGCCGGGCAAGAGCCGCCAGGCAGGCAGCAGCAUGCCACGCACACCCCUGACCACCCUCAAUGCAGAACUUGCCAGCAUUUCUGUUGAGAAUGGAUGCUCGGAUGACAGAAUCAUGUGCCGUUAGAAGACGCUACCGUUCCAACACCCAGCAGAACAAGCUUUGGGCAAAACUGAACAAGGAUGCAGAGUGAUGAUGAUGCUUGAUCACUUCGAACAACCUUGAACCGAGUAGGGAAAUCCACAGAUUCCCGCGUUAGAGUAAAAGACUGUAAUGCCUGUGACCCAGGAACGAUCAGAGGACCAAGUUGAUGCGGCCCGAGUGUCUACAGAAGCCUGAGCAGCCUAAAGGGAACAAAUCAAUAGAUUGCUGUGCGCAGCCGUGGGAUCCAUGGCCCCUCAGCACGUCUGUCUCCCAGCUCUCCUCCUUCUAUUGGGCCCAGAGUAGUUACUUGUUGUAGCUUAUACACGUCAAAAUUGUUAGUAGGCCUACGUUAUUUUGUUGAAAAGGUCAAUUUCUCAGAUUACUGAGCGAAAAUGUGUAUUGUAUAUUACAAUGACAUAAAAUGUGAACGUCAUAUUGUGUUUUCUACAAUGUAUCUGAAAUGUGUUUUUAUUAAAACAAAAUUAUUGUAA